AUGCCUGCACCUGUCGAGAGCGAGCAAUCGGCUGGCCCCAAGAUUCCAUUGUCUACCGUGACGCAAGAGCAUUAUUACUAUGCAGUCCAAUCGCUUCUAGCGGAGAUACGCCGCAGCAACAAUGCAGAGCUUCAGGAACUGUUGGAGUGGCUUGCGCAGCCGCGGACUGAUCCUGAGGCGAUGGCAAUGGUUCUGGAGAAAUAUCGCCCGUAA